AUGGCAUUCACAGGCCGACCCAUUCGCAUCGCAGGCGCCUCGGGCUCUGCCUCAGACCGGCGCCAUGCGAUCGCCGAAUUCGCACAUCACCACCCGACCGACCCGGUUGAUGUAAUUAUCGCUGAUUUCAUGAGCGAAUUUAACAUGGCCACCGCUGCGGGGAAACGCGAGGACCAGAAGGGUGCAGCUGGGCCUGCAGCGCCGGCAUAUGAUCUGUCCUUUCUUGAGGCGUUGGAUCCUGCGCUUGAGGAUCUGGCGAAAUACGGGAUCAAAUUGGCCGUUAAUGCUGGUGUUGCGGAUACGAAGGGUCUUCAUGAGGUGGUGACCAAGAUGGUUCGGGCGAAGGGGCUAGAUUUGAAGGUAGCUUGGGUAUCAGGAGAUGAAGUCCUUCCUGCGAUUCAAAAGUCCCUCGCAGCUGACCAGUCUGAAUUUCGAAAUAUCUACACAGGCGAACGACUGGCUGACUGGUCCUUCGAGCCCAUCUACGCGCAGUGCUAUCUAGGCGGGUUGGGCAUCGCUGCUGCAUUCGCCGAGGGCGCUGAUAUUGUGCUGUGCGGACGCGUAUCUGAUGCAUCUCCAGUAAUCGGAGCAGCCUAUUGGUAUCAUGGCUGGCGACGAGAUGAAUUGGACAAAUUGGCCAAUGCAUUUGUCGCGGGCCACCUUAUCGAGUGUAGUAACUACGUCUGCGGGGGUAACUUUACUGGGUUCAAGACCUUGGAGCAUGGUGGGGAUGGUUGGGCGAAUAUUGGAUAUCCCAUCGCUGAAAUCUCUGCCGAGGGAGAUGUGGUUAUCACCAAACAGGCGCACGCCACUGGAGGCGCUGUCACGGUUGAUACAUGCACCUCGCAGCUGUUGUACGAGAUCCAAGGACCUUGGUACUUCAACUCGGACGUCACCGCGGUUCUGGAUGGAAUCCAUUUUGAACAGCGGGGGAUCAAUCGGGUGGCCGUUCGAGGGGUCCAUUCCGGUCCACCUCCUCCAACCACCAAGGUUGGCAUCACGGCUCGUGGAGGGUUCCAGGUGGAAGCGUGGUGGUGGUUGACCGGACUGGAUAUCGAGGAGAAGGCGAGGAUGCUCGAAGCCCAAACUCGGCGGUUGCUCGCACCCUUUGCGGAUCGAUUCACGGCGCUGAACUUUGACUUGCUGGGGACAUCGUUGUCGGACCCGCACAAUCAGAACCGCGCGACGGUGCCUCUGCGGAUUAUCGCGCAGGCUCGUCGAGCCGAGGAUCUCACGCCCACCAAGUUCCUCAGACCCAUUACGGACAACAUCAUGCAGGGAUACCCCGGUGCCACCAUCCACUUGGACCUGCGACAGGGAUUUCCUCGAGAAAUCUUUGAAUAUUAUGUGACUCUGCUACCUCAAUCAGCGGUGCAGCAUCGGGUGCAUCUCCCGUGGAAACCCACAGUGGACACGCAGGUCCUUGACAUUUCACCCCCACCGCAAUGUCAAACAUACCCAGCUCGCCAACCAUCCCAGGCUAGUACAUGCCAUGCUAAACCAGUGGAUCUUGUCCACGACUUUGGACCCACGGUCCGCGGGCCAUUAGGAUGGAUAGUGCAUGCUCGGUCCGGAGACAAAGGGUCGGAUGCCAACUGUGGUUUCUGGGUGCGGCACCGGGAUGAGUUCCUAUGGCUACGGAGCUUGCUCUCAGUGGAGACCGCACGGCAGCUCUUGGGGGAGACGGGCCGGACCCAGCCCCCAUUAGAGAUUGAGCGGUUCGAACUGGCAGGGUUGCAGGGAGUGCAUUUCUUGUUUCGCAAUUUGUUGGACCGCGGGGUUGGGGUCACGACGACGGUGGACUUUUUGGGGAAGAAUGUGGCGGAAUUCCUGCGGGCGAGGCACGUCGAUCUACCGGUGCGGUUCCUCAACCGGGGCAAAUUAUAA